UUAACGUUCUCUUUGCUCGCGUUCCGACGCAGUAUUGACCAAUCUUUCGCUGAAGAUGUUGGUCGCGAAAGUGUUUGUCGUGCUCGUGUGCGCGGCCACAACUGUCAAGGCCAUUGCCAAAUUGGAAGAGGUAUUCGCAUGGAAACAGGUGACUUUUACUUGGCCUAGCGCUGAAACUGAAAAAAUCGCCAAAGAAGAAGGCGACUACGAGCCGAAGAACAACUUGCCCUUGGGAUUGGCUAGGUGGAAGGAUAAGCUGUUCGUUACCGUGCCUAGAUGGAAAUCUGGUGUGGCAGCGACAUUGGGUUACGUCUCUUUGAACGAGCCGAUCAACAAGACCGCCGCCAUCACUCCAUACCCCGAUUGGAAGGCGCAUAUUUUGCCGAAAAAUGACUCCAAACCAGACCCCAACACUUUGGUGUCAAUAUUCAGGGUGGCCGUAGACAAAUGCGACCGCCUUUGGGCCAUGGACACCGGCCUAGCAGAUAUUUUAGGCAACCCCAAGCAGGUAUUACCCCCGUCGAUCGCCAUCUUCGAUUUGAACACCGAUAAGUUGAUCAGACGGUACACAAUCAAAUCGGAUUGGGUCAGCGAGGAUGCAUUUUUCGCCAAUAUCGAAGUUGACGUCAAAGGUGACAGAUGCGACGAAGCGUUCGCUUAUCUUCCGAACCUCGGAUCGUACGAACUUGUCGUGUACUCUUUCCAAGAAGACGACUCGUGGCGCUUCAAGCACAACUUCUUCCACUUCGACCCGUUGAAAGGAGACUUUAACGUCAGCGGCGUCAACUUCCAGUGGAGCGACGGUAUCUUCAGUAUCGCGUUGGGUCCCGAAGAACCAAAUGGAUAUCGAACUGCGUACUUCCACGCGUUAGCAAGCCUGAACGAGUUUUCGGUGAACACCGAAGUCUUGCAGAAUCAAACGCUCGCCGCCGAUCCUCACAAUUAUCAUCUCUUCAAGCUGGAAGGUUCCAAAGGCGAAAAUUCUCAAACAGCUUCGUCCGUAUUCGACCAACAGUCCAACGUUCUCUUCGUCUCGCAACAGAACAAGGACGGCGUCGCGUGCUGGAACCCCAAGAAGCCGCUGAACCCCCAAAACGUCCCUUUAAUAAUCGAGGACCAUGAAAAACUCGUGUUCAUUAACGAUCUCAAAAUCGACGCCGACCGCAACUUGUGGAUAUUGUCGGACAAAUUGUCACACUUCCUUUACAGGGAGCUCAGUCCAGAAGAAGUAAAUUACAGGAUCCUGAAAAUCAAAGUCGACGACGCCAUCGAGGGAAGUAUUUGUAAAGUCUAGUUCGAAUUAGUUUCGAGUUGUCAUUUUAGUCUGAUCGUUUGUAUAAAUUAGUAGCUUAUUGUUUUUUUUCUCUGCAUUUGCGUAUUAAUUAAUGUAGAAACUUCUUUUGUACAUGUAUCAUGUAUUUGCUUGCAGAAAAAUAAAGUACGCCAGAAGAUUAAUCGAAA